CUUCGGCAGGUGUCCUGCGAGGCCCCUCAGCUCGGUGCCCAGGAUCCAGGCUAAGCCUCGAGUCUGGGCGGAAACUCCGUAUUCGCCUGUGAUGGGGGAAGCCCAGUGGGCUCCCAGACUCUCGUCACCCCACCCAUCAUGUCGCGCCGAAGCCAGCGCCUGUCGCGCUACUCCCAGGCCGACGACGACGGUGACGGCGGCAGCAGCAGCAGUGGCGGGAGCUCAGCCAUGGGGAGCCAGAGCACGCUGUUUAAGGACAGUCCUCUGAGAACCCUGAAGAGGAAGUCCAGCAACAUCAAGCGGCUGUCGCCAGCUCCGCAGCUGGGCCCCUCCUCCGACUCGCACACCUCCUACUACAGCGAGUCCCUGGUGCGCCAGUCCUACAUAGGCAGCCCGCGGGCCGCGUCCCUGGCCAGGAGCGCCCUGCUGGACAGCCAGCUGCGCAGCGAGCCCUACUGGGGUGAGUGGCCCGGGCUACCCCCGCGGGCCUCGCCGCCUCCGAGCCCCUCCUCCAGGGAGCCAGGAGAGCCCCUGAUUCUUCCCGGCACAGGUGAGGACCUGCGCGAGAGGCGGCGGCGCGGCACCGAGAGCAGCAAGGUCAACGGGCUGGCCGAGGACUUCCCGGGCUCUUCCUCGGGCUACUCCUCUGAGGAUGACUUCGGGGGCUGCUCCGAGGCCCACCAGCACAGUUCGGGGUCGCGGCUAAGAGGCGCCGUCUCCCAGGCGGGCUCCUUCCUGUGGAUGGUGGUCACUUCCCCAGGCCGGCUGUUCGGACUCCUCUACUGGUGGAUCGGCACCACCUGGUACCGCCUGACCACAGCCGCCUCCCUCCUGGACGUCUUCGUUUUAACCAGGCGCUUCUCGUCCCUGAAGACGUUCCUGUGGUUCCUGCUGCUGCUGCUGCUCCUGACCGGCCUGACCUACGGCGCUUGGUAUUUCUACCCCUUUGGGCUGCAGUCGAUCCACCCCGCUGUGGUUUCCUGGUGGGCAGCGAGGGACGGCAGGAGGCAGCAGGAGGUGUGGGAAUCCAGAGACGCCGCCCCCCAUUUCCAGGCUGAGCAGCGCCUGCUGUCCCACGUGCACUCCCUGGAGCGGCGCCUGGAGGCCCUCGCGGCCGAGUUCUCCUCCACCUGGCAGAAGGAGGCCGUGCGGCUGGAGCGCCUGGAGCUGCGGCAGGGGGCGGCUGGCCAGGGCGGGGGCGGCCUGAGCCAGGAGGACACCCUGGCCCUCCUGGACGGGCUGGUGAGCCGCCGCGAGGCCGCCCUGAAGGAGGACCUGCGCAAGGACGCCGCGGCUCGCCUGCAGGAGGAGCUGGCCGUCCUGAGGGCGGAGCAGCACCGAGACGUGGAGGACCUCUUCCGCAAGAUCGUGCAGGCCGCCCAGGAGUCUGAGGCUCGAGUCCAGCAGCUGAAGUCCGAGUGGCAAAGGACGGCCCAGGAGGCCCUGCAGGAGAGCGCCCUGAAGGAGCUGGGCCGUCUGCAGGGCCAGCUGGGCUCCCUGCGCCACGAGCUGGAGGCCCUGGCCCUGAAGCAGAGCUCCGUGGCGGACGAGGUGGGCCUGCUGCCCCAGAGGAUCCAGGCCGUGCGGGACGACGUGGAGUCUCAGCUCCCUGCCUGGGUUGCUCAGUUCCUUCGCGGCGGCGGGGGAGCCCGCACCGGGCUGCUGCAGAGGGAGGAGCUCCAGGCUCAGCUGCGAGAGCUGGAGAGCAAGAUCCUGGCCCAGGUGGCCGAGACGCAGGGCACCUCGGCCAGGGAGGCCGCAGCCGCCCUCAGUCUGACGCUGCAGAGAGAAGGCGUGAUCGGGGUGACCGAGGAGCAGGUGCACCGGAUCGUGAAGCAGGCCCUGCAGCGCUACAGCGAGGACCGCAUCGGGAUGGUGGACUACGCCCUCGAGUCGGGAGGGGCCAGUGUCAUCAGUACCCGGUGUUCCGAGACCUACGAGACCAAGACCGCCCUCCUCAGCCUCUUUGGCAUCCCUCUGUGGUACCACUCCCAGUCGCCCCGCGUCAUCCUCCAGCCAGACGUGCACCCAGGCAACUGCUGGGCCUUCCAGGGCCCGCAGGGCUUCGCUGUGGUCCGCCUCUCUGCCCGCAUCCGCCCGACGGCUGUCACCUUAGAGCACGUGCCCAAGGCCUUGUCUCCCAACAGCACCAUCUCCAGUGCCCCCAGGGACUUUGCUGUCUUUGGGUUUGAUGAGGACCUACAGCAGGAGGGGACCCUGCUCGGCAAGUUUACCUACGAUCAGGACGGGGAGCCCAUUCAGACGUUCUACUUCCAGGCCCCAACGAUGGCCUCGUACCAGGUGGUGGAGCUGCGCAUCCUGACCAACUGGGGCCACCCUGAGUACACCUGCAUCUACCGCUUCAGGGUACACGGGGAGCCUGCCCAUUAACGCCAUCCUCGUGCCUGCGGCCAGCCCUCUCAGCACGCACCCCUGCCCUGGGAGGGUGCACGCAGCAGCCCCCCUCUCGCACACAUCUGACCAGCGCUGACUUCUGGGAGCAGGAGAGGCAGCCUGCAAGGGCCAGCGACUCUCCAUGCUUCCUCCUCCACACGCUGCGCUCAAGGGGUGUACAUAUGUAGCAUAUCGUGGGGGGACUGGAGUUGGGAGAGGUCGGACCCAGCUGCCCUCGCCCAGGGCGGAGGGGCUGGCACCCAGGGGUGCGGGUAAAGCGGGUGCCAAAGCUGCGGGUUGAGUGGACAGUGCUGCCCUGGCACACGCCCACGCACUGCACCCACUCACAUGGGGCUGCUGGCCCUUCCCACAGGACUUGUGCCAUUGGCCCACGGGCCCCUAGGGGCUUCUCUCGAAGCCUGGAGUUGUGCCAAGUAGGGACGGUCGUGAAUGGUCUCUUGGAGGGGCCGUGUCCUGGGAGCCUCCCAGGUUUGCUACCUGUAUGUGGGGGUGGCCCCAGCCAGCCCGAGUCCCCUCUGCUGACCACAGCAGACGCUCUUCUGCCGAUGCUACGUCCCAUCCCUGCCUGCGACCCCAGGCCGGCUUUUGGGGCCGUUAACAGCCAGGCUGGGGAGCAGGGGACCCCAGAGCUGUUGGGAAGAUGCCAGUGGCGCUGAGCUGUCAGGUGUCGGAUCCGCGAGCAGGGCUGCGUGCGCCCUCGGCCCUCUGGCUGCUUCUCCAUGGCAGGCAGGGGCACAGGGCCUGGGGAGGAGGCCAUGGAGGUCACCCUGGGUAGGGGGGAGAGGGCUUUCAGACCAGCAGGCCCUGCUGCCUGUGUAUUUCUCCAAGUCUGUUUUUUACUGAAAAGCUAAGGGCUUGAUCCUAGCCCCGUUCUGUGGGGCACAGCCAGGGACAUGCGGGGUGGCCCUGGCCUCCCGCCCUCCAGGGCUGGCACCGGCACAGUCCCCGCCCCAACCAGGUCUUGUUUUGCGCUCUCCUGUCACAAAUGCUGCACUGUUGGUUAAUUUUUUUAUCUGCAGAUUCUAAUUUAUGCCUAUGCAAAAGAAAACAAAUAAACACGGAUGCCCAGGGCGGACA